AAAAUUUAAAACCCACAAAAAAAAUCCAAUCUUUUUUAUUGUGGGUUUGUUGAAAAUGACUGAAAUUAUACAACCCCAACAUGAGUUACCUUCAUCUUCAAGCUCCAUUAGUAUACUACCAUGUUUAGUAGCUAGAGAUAAUGAUGGGUCUCACCAAGAAAGUCUAAUUAGUGGACCCAAUUUGUAUUCUGUUGUAGAUGUAUACAGAGGGGGAAAUAAUACUGAUGUACAAGUAAGAGGAGUUAGUAUUUCUGGUAGAAAAAGAGAGAGAAAAAGGAGAGAAAGAGAAGAAGGGGGAGAUCAGCUGUCUUUGUUAACACUUUGUUUAACUGGUUUUAGGAAAUCUUUGGUUGCUUGUAAGAGCAAUUUUGAUAUUAUUAGUGGUGUUGGUGUUGAAGAGCUGCUUUCUUCUUCUUGUUCUGGUUUUAGUUCUAGUUCUGCUAAUUCAUCAAUGGAGAUUAGUUGGCCUAGUAAUGUCAGACAUGUUGCUCAUGUCACUUUUGAUAGGUUUAAUGGAUUUCUUGGACUUCCUGUUGAGUUUGAACCUGAAGUACCUAGAAGACCUCCCAGUGCCAGUACAAGAGUCUUUGGAGUUUCGACAGAUUGCAUGCAGCUUUCAUUUGACUCUCGAGGAAAUAGCGUCCCCACAAUCCUUCUGAUGAUGCAAGGGCGCUUAUACGUUCAAGGUGGCUUGCAGGCUGAAGGGAUCUUCAGGAUCAAUGCCGAAAAUGGCCAAGAAGAAUUUGUCAGGGAGCAGCUAAAUAGGGGAAUUAUUCCAGAUAACAUUGACGUCCAUUGCCUAGCAGGUCUUAUAAAGGCUUGGUUCAGAGAGUUACCGACGGGAGUUUUGGAUUCUCUCUCGCCAGAGGAAAUUAUGCGUUCUCAAUCGGAAGAAGAGUGUGUGCGGCUCGUGAGACUUCUUCCUCCAACUGAAGCUGCUCUAUUAGAUUGGGCUAUUAACUUGAUGGCUGAUGUUGCUCAACUGGAAAGUUUUAACAAGAUGAAUGCACGUAAUAUUGCUAUGGUGUUUGCUCCAAAUAUGACACAGAUGGCAGAUCCGUUGACUGCUUUGAUGUAUGCAGUUCAAGUUAUGAACUUCCUCAAAACUCUAAUUCUCCGGACUUUAAAAGACCGAGAAGAAACUGUUGUAGAAGCUGGUCCUGCACCAGAAUUGGAACCAUUCGAUGAAAAUGGACAUCAUAGUGCUUCACAGCCAAUAAUUCAGAAGUCUAACGAGAUCGAGGAGGAUAUCCUUAUAUCCAAAGGACGACCCUCAAGUGGCGCUGCUAAUUCUACCCUCAGAGAGAUAAUAGUUGAGAAUAAAUCCCAUGGAUUACCGUGUACCAUAGAGAACGUUCUUCAGGAAGAUGCGUUCGUUGAUUGUCUCAGUGAAAUCUCAAACCUGCCAGACAGCACAAAGGAUGAGCUUGGAUCUGGUAACAUCAAUUCAACAAGUGGAAGAAGUCAGCCAAAAAUACGAAGGACUAAAAGCGUGCAUUCAAGUAGUUCUAGUCUGAAAGGAUCAAAGAAAAUGAUUGAAUGGCCAAUAGGUCAUGUAGCUGGAAAUUUAGAGAAAGGCAAGGGGGUCAGAAUCAUCGAUAGGUUGAAUUCGACAACAGAAAGGGUGGAAGCAUGGCGAUGAACACGUCUCUCGCCUCAACGAGCCAUUGUUGCUACCUCAUCAAGAAGUUAAAUGGUUGUGAUUUAUGUUUGAAACAAAGACAAUGUAUUAUCCAGUUAUGUUUGUGCUUUGGAUAUUGGUUACUUUCUUAGUAGUUCAAACAGGAAUCCUGUCACCUUUCCCUCUAGGCAUGUUUGGCUGGGGAAACUAGCAGGAUGAAUGUAAUUUAUGUGUUCUUUUUUUUGGUAGAAUGAAUAUUGUUGUGGUUUCCAAUUUCAAUAUGAUUUUCUUCAUUUUGACAUAAACAA